GAUCUAGGUUUGUCUCCGAAAGAGCAAUCGCUGACGGACGUUACGAAAGGGGCGGGUCAAGGAAAAAUAAGAAACGGAAUUAUGAGGGGUAGGAAAAUCUUAAGUUUUUCCUGCAAUCCCAAAACAAUGACACAAACUUACAUUUCUUAAGAAAAAUUCUUCUUUUCAAUCAAGAUGAAAUUUGAUUAUUAUUAUUAUUACCAUGGUAACAAUUUGCCUCCCUGGGAUCACUCAGAACACUACGGAGUAAAUAGUGAAGAAUUUUGAAAAAAAUUAAGUUUGUAGAGGAACACUCAUUUUUCAAUGUCUCUUGUGCUGUUAAUUUUAACAAGUGAAAACAUUUUAGCUAUUAUCCAAACUUUAGGCCUAGCUGACUACAUGUCAAAAGAAAACUGAUAGGUGAAUUUUCUUCUCACUUUGAACAAGUAGUCUUUCCCUUCACAUAGAUUUGUUCUGUAAAAUCUACCGAAAUUGGCUUCAUAGUAAUUCAUCAUGGGAAAGAAGGGCAAAGGAGGCAAAGGCAAGAAGGGAAAAAAAGGAAAGAAAACAGAGGAAGAAGAUAAGAAUUUGCUUACUGAAGUUGACAAGGAGUUUUAUGAGCUUCAAAUAACUGACCUCAAUCGGAAACUUGCCAGAUUGAGAUCUAGAUGUGCAGAACUUGAGUUAAGUAAUGAUGACAUUUCAUCUCAAAGAAAUAAACUUGAAGAAGACCGAGCUGAUGUUAUAUCCUACCUAAACCGUACACUCUCAGAAAAAGAGGAUGAGAUUUUAGAGCUUAAAGAAAGGCUGGAGGGGUUGCAACAGACUCGGGAUAUGGAAACAAAAGCAUUUAGAGAAAAGGUUGAGCAAAUGGAACAAGAAUUUAAGGCAAUGCAACUACAACUUACAUCAGAAGUGAAACUGCUGGCUGGGAAACUGAACGCACUUGAUGAAUUUCGAGUGCAGCGUGAUGAUUUGAUGGCCAAGUUUGUAACCCAAGAACAACAAAUGGAAGAUCAACGGCAGAGUCACGCUCGAGAACUCUAUGAAGUUGAACGAAAAUUUAUUGUAGGCAAAGACAGUCUUAAAAAGGAAAUGGAAGUGAGACUUCUUCAGCUAUCAACAGAGUUCCAAGAGGCAACUGAGUCCAGAAUAGCUAGUACUACUCACAGGGUCAUUCGAGAAAAUAUAGCAAUAAACAAUGAGCUCGAUUUAAUGCUAGCUUCAACUAAGGAACUGACAGAUGAAAAUGACAAAAUGAGAGAAAGAGAUAGGGAAUUGAGGCUGAAUGUUGAAUUGCACGAAAAAGAGAAGAAAAUGGCUCUGAAUAGGAGUGAAAUGCAAAGCAAGCUUAUUGACCGUCUGUCAGUGGAACAUGCAAAGUUAACCACUCGUGUCAAAGAGUUAACUCACUACCAGUCACUCACAGAACAAUACAAGACUCAGUUAACUGAAGCAGAAGGAAAGCACACCAAUAUGUGCAAUGAAAUGCGUAAGCUCAAGAGCCAGCUUGCUACUGCUGCUAAUGAACGAGAGCACAUGCUUUUGAAGGUGGCAAAUAUGCGACAAUAUGCAAACAGAGUAGGAAACACAAUGCUUGCAGCAGUAAAUGCCAUCAAAAACGCACUGGAGAUACAGGAUCAUCCAUCAGGCGAUGAAGCAUUAGACUUGGCUGUGCGAGACAAUCUACUGGCUACUCUUCUAGAAUUACUUACCAAGUAUGACCUUUGCAACCUUCAGCCUCAACCAAAGGACACAGGAUCGUUGUCAACUAUACAACUCUCCCUUCCUGCCACCUCAACAUCAGCGUACCGCAGUGGUGAUCUAGGGCUUGUUCCAAGAAAAGAGGGAACAUCUUCCUUCAGUGGUGAUAUUGAAACUAAACAGCUCUCAGAGUGAUAAGUGAUGGGGGUAUCAGAAUAAGAUAAGCUUCUUCCUUUCAUGAAGCUGUCGCUGUAGAGGGGUAACUUCCCACGCCAUUUUGUGAGAAGAUUUGAAGAACUUCUUUAUCUUUGCACGACGAGGACUGAAAAAAGAUUAACAAUAAAAUCAAUGAGCGCAUGAAAGGAAAAGAACUUGAAACAAAGCUCUACAGAGAACUUACUUUUGCCUUGCUGCCACUUCCAUUAUGUUUCUCUUUUGUAAGUUGACAAAUCUAUCUGCCAAUAAAUUUCCUUCAGGUUUAA